AUUUGGGAAUUAUUUGAAUGGGGGGAACGCUAACGUUAGUCUAAUGCUACGGAAUCUACUUUUCUAAUAGUCUACCUUUAACAUCUCAUUAUUUUGAAUCAGUUGUGUGUUGUAUUGUUGCUCGUCGCUCGUCCACCUCUAUCAUGGAGCAUCCCAGAAAUGGACAUGGGGGACUCUGGAACUGUCCACGAACGACGACUCAGUACAGCAAGGAAACUCAGGAAAUGCUGAAAUUGAUGAUGCAAGAGUCACGGCUUACUAACCUGCAACAGAGAAAAAUCAGCAGUCAUCUGAGGAAGGGGGAGGCCCUUCCACUCACCUGUAACCCUACUUCAUCGGCGCCUCCUCCUCAGCCAAAACCUAAGGCCAUCAAGACCUCCACGUCCCUGUCGGCCAAGCCACUGAGACGGCAGGCGGAAGUGUGCAAAGCAGGAGACAGCUACAAGAGGGAGCUGUUCCGUCCGAGUGCAACAAGGGAUCUGGAAAAAGAGAAGAGGAGAUUGCAGAACAUUUUGUCAGGCAGCGAAGGGGACCCCAAACCUAGAGGGGUUAGGAGUCUUGCAAAGGGGAAGUCUGUAGACGAGGAGGAGAAGGAUAGAUUUCAAGAAGUUCUGGAGGAGAUUGAGGACAGGAAACAAUUCUUAGAGGAGAUGACCUCUCUUGGGAUGGGCUCCCAUUACCAGCAUAUCAUCAACACUGAGAUCUCACAGAAAAUACGGGAGUUGGAGUUGAUUGACAAGGCUCGCAGUGCUUCAUUGCAGUCCCUCUUAAAAGAAGAGAAGAGAGUGGAGAACACCAGCAAUGACAAUCCCUCACUCUAAUGACGUGUUUGACAACAUCGUAUUCAAAACUGCCUUUUGUGUUUGUUGUCAUUGUUAUCUGAGGCUGAAAACUUCCUUCAAGUAUCAUGUAUCCAAUUCAAAACCUUUUAGUACAGACAUUUAAAUGGAUAUAAUCAAUAGACUGUGAUUCAGAUUGUUACCCUUGAAAAGAGGAACGACUUUGUGUCCAUUUUAGCAUUACCAUAACAUAUUUUCUUACACCUUACACCUGUUUGAAGAGUUUUCAAAUUGAUUUCCAGAUGUUCUUUAAAAAUUAUCAGUAUUGCGUUUUGAUCUCAGUAUUUGCGUUUUUUGAUUUUGAAUAAAUGAAUGAGUGUGAAUGAUAAAGCGUAAAAUAGUAAAUUAUUUUGUUGUCUUGUCUCAGAAAUAUCACACACUUCUGUAACAUUUGAUUUGACCUGUUACAUGUUAUCAUGCAGUUGGUAGGAAGAUAGGCCGACCGGUUCUUUUUGACUUAAGUAUUUGGAUUAUUUCAAGAUUUGUG